UUAGAAAAUUAGAGGAUUUAUCUAAAGUUAUUGAUCAAGAUGGAUUGGAUUUUGAUUCACUCCCAUCUCUUAACACAAAAGAAGAUUUUAAUCAAAUUAAUGAUUUUCUUGCUUGUACAAUGAGAGAAAUUAAUAAUGAUAACAUAUUGAAUGAAAAUGGAUUUAAUCUUUUGGAUUCAUUCGACUCAAAUUCUCAAUUAAUGUCACUUCCUCUUGAUACUUUUUCAACUGCUGAUGCGAGCGCAUAUUUAAAUUUAGAUGAUAGUAAUAGUGUCGAUACAAAUGUUUUAUAUCCUGUUGUAACUUCAAGCGCUUAUCCAUCUGUUUUAUCAGAUAUCCCUACAACUACUUCAGCUCUUUAUAAUUCCAAUGAUUUUCCAUCUCCACCUGAAGAAGCUAGCAAUUGGACUACAAAUGAUUUAUUCAUCUAUGAUGUACCUGAAGUAGCUAAUCCAACUACACCUUCCACUUCCACUGCUACUACCACUACACCUACUUUACCUUCUCAAGCGUUCUCCGCUUCACAAUAUUUUGAUUAUGAAGUUCCUCUUACUUUAUCUCAUACUAAUGAAUAUAUCGAUGUGACUCCACCGUUGAUUCCUUGCAAAAAACUUGAUAAUCCUCAAUGUAAUGCUCCAACUACUGGUCUAUCAUUGACUAAAGAAAUUUCCGAAGCAACAACGUUGAGAGAUAAAGUUAAGAACGAAUCACAAGAGGAAGAUACAAGUUAUGUAAUACCUAAGGAUAAAGGGUCAAAUGUACAAUCAUCUAAAAUUACAACACAAAUAUUUUCAAAAGUUACUCAAAAGAAACAAGUAGAGGUUGUAGAGCCGGUAAAAGUUAAACAAGAAAAAUCUGAUGAUAUGAUGGAUUUAUUAUCAAAGAAUUUAUUUAAUAUGGAUUUGAACGAAGAUAAGAAGAUCAAAUCUGACAAUGUAAGAGCUAAACAUGCUGCUCUCAUUGCUACUUUGAGUAAAAAAAUUGACCAACUUUCCAAGAGAUAUGAACAAGAAAAUGAUAAUGUUAAAGUAAAAAUAGAAAUUUAAUUAAUUAUUCAAGGAUAAAAAAAACUCAUGUCCUUUGUCAAGUUGGUUAUUUGUUAGAGCAUAUAUUAGUUUCUUGUCUAUAGAUAGAUUAGCGACUACAUCAUAUUUCAAUUUUUUGAUCUUAUUUAUCGGAGUGGACUUUUUAUUAUUUACUGUAUUAAAAAAAUUAAACAAUGAAAACAAAAAAUAAACCAAAUAAAAAGUAAUUCGUGUUGGGA